CUACAGUAUCUAUCAUGUAUCUGUGCUCUUUAUUUCUCUCUGCUUUUUAUCUGCUUAAUUAUUGCUUCGUCGGCCUACAAGGUCAUACCAGUGAUCCAACGACCGCUCCUCAAGGACCAGACAACCACCCAGCCACUGAGGGGGAGGUCCGCUUGGUGAAUGGAGGGAAUGGCCCCUGUUCAGGCAGGGUGGAGGUCUUCCUCCAGGGCCAGUGGGCCACAGUUUGUGAUCGUAGCUGGGACCUGGCCGAUGCCCAGGUGGUAUGUAGACAGGUGGGCUGCGGGAGGGUGCUGUCUGCACCACGUAAUGCCAAUUUUGGACCUGGACAAGGGCCUAUAGGGUUGGGUCAUGUCUACUGCAAAGGCAACGAAUCUGAGCUCACACAGUGUGGCCACAGAGAACUGUUGAGCCACUACUGUGAUCACCAGGAGGACGCUGGAGUUGUCUGUGAAGCUGCCUCUCCAGUGAGACUGGUCAACGGUCGCUCCAACAACUCCUGUUCAGGCAGGGUGGAGGUCUUCCUCUAUGGCCAGUGGGGCACAGUUUGUGAUGAUGACUGGGACCUGAAUGAUGCCCAGGUGGUUUGUACACAGCUGGGGUGUGGCAGUGCCAUAUCAGCCACCAACGAGGCAUAUUUUGGACCGGGAACAGGACCCAUCUGGUUGGACGAUGUCAACUGUGGAGGAAAUGAAACGUCGAUAACCGACUGUAAACAUCAAGGGUUUGGUUCUCAGAAAUGCAAUCACGCUCAAGACGCUGGCAUCAUCUGUGAUGCGGCAACUCCAGUGAGACUGGUCAACGGUACCUCCAACAACCCCUGUUCAGGCAGGGUGGAGAUCCUCCUCUAUGGCCAGUGGGCCACAGUUUGUGAUCGUGGCUGGGGCCUGGCCGAUGCCCAGGUGGUGUGUAGACAGUUGGGCUGUGGGAGGGUGCUGUCUGCACCACAAAGGGCCACUUUUGGACCCGGCCAAGGGCCUAGAGGGUUGGGUAAUGUCUUAUGCAAUGGUUACGAAUCUAAGCUCACACAGUGUGGCCACGGAGGACUGUGGAAACACAGCUGUGGUAACGAGCAGGGCGCUGGAGUUGUCUGUGAAGCUGCCUCUCCAGUGAGACUGGUCAAUGGUCUCUCCAGCAACCCCUGUUCAGGCAGGGUGGAGGUCUUCCUCCAGGGCCAGUGGGGCACAGUUUGUGAUGAUGACUGGGACCUGGUCGAUGCCCAGGUGGUGUGUAGACAGGUGGGCUGCGGGAGGGUGCUGUCUGCACCACUUGGUGCCACUUUUGGACCUGGCCAAGGGCCUAUAGGGUUGGAUGAUAUAAACUGCACUGGUCAUGAAUCUGAUCUCACACAGUGUGGCCACAGAGGACUGUGGAGCCACAACUGUGUUCACCAGCAGGACGCUGGAGUUGUCUGUGAAGCUGUCUCUUCCAUGAGAGUGAGACUGGUCAACGGUACCUCCAACAACUCCUGUUCUGGCAGGGUGGAGGUCUUCCUCUAUGGCCAGUGGGCCACAGUUUGUGAUGGUGGCUGGGACCUGGCCGAUGCCCAGGUGGUGUGUAGACAGUUGGGCUGCGGGAGGGUGCUGUCUGCACCACGUGGUGCCAGUUUUGGACCUGGACAAGGGCCUAUUAUGGAGUAUUUAAACUGCAAUGGCCACGAAUCUGAGCUCACAAAGUGUGAGAGAGAACCCUCACCCGUCUACGAUGGUGAAUGGUGGUACCCCGACUGUGGUCAUAAGGAUGACGCUGGAGUUGUCUGUGAAGCUGCAUCUCCGGUGAAACUGGUCGACGGUCUCUCCAACAACCCCUGUUCUGGCAGGGUGGAGGUCUUCCUCCAGGGCCAGUGGGCCACAGUUUGUGAUCAUGGGUGGGACCUGGUCGAUGCCCAGGUGGUGUGUAGACAGUUGGGCUGCGGGAGGGUGCUGUCUGCACCACAUGGUGCCAGAUUUGGACCUGGACAAGGGCCUAUAGGGUUGGGUGAUAUAAACUGCACUGGCCAUGAAUCUGAGCUCACACAGUGUGGCCACAGAGGACUGUGGACCCGCAACUGUGGUCACCAGGAGGACGCUGGUGUUGUCUGUGAAGGUAUUCCUGACAACCAAAACAAUGUGGAAUUAAUUAACCUCUGUAGGUCGGUCUUCGCCAUUCCCAUCAUCAUUCUGGGUAUUUGGUAUUGCUGGAGAAAAAAGAAGUAUCAUACAGAAAGCCUCGAUUCUGAACAGAGUCCAAACUGUGACCAAGCUGCCGCCAUCUAUAUGAAUGUGAGUCUGUUAGGACCCCCUCCUCUCCCUUUGGAGCCCACUGACAUAGAACUCAACCCCAUAAGCAGGGUUACAGUAUCUAACAUGUAUUCAUGGUCUAUAUUUCUCUCUGCUCUGUAUCUCAUGGAUUGGUUUGUAGGACUACAAGGUCGAACCAGUGAUCCAACGACCGCUCCUCAAGGACCAGACAACAACCCAGCCACUGAGGGGGAGGUCCGCUUGGUGAAUGGAGGGAAUGGCCCCUGUUCAGGCAGGGUGGAGGUCUUCCUCCAGGGCCAGUGGACCACAGUUUGUGAUGAUGACUGGGACCUGGCUGAUGCCCAGGUGGUGUGUAGACAGUUGGGCUGUGGGAGGGUCCUGUCUGCACCUGGUGGGGCCACUUUUGGACCUGGACAAGGGCCUAUAGGGUUGGAUGAAGUCAACUGCAAUGGCCACGAAUCUGAGCUCACACAGUGUGACCUCAUUGGACUGUGGCCCCACUACUGUGGUCACCAGGAGGACGCUGGAGUUGUCUGUGAAGGUAAUACAUCCAUGAACAUGUGGCUAUCUGCCCAUCCAGUGAGACUGGUCAACGGUCUCUCCAACAACCCCUGUUCAGGCAGGGUGGAGGUCUUCCUCCAGGGCCGGUGGGCCACAGUUUGUGAUGAUGGCUGGGACCUGGUCGAUGCCCAGGUGGUGUGUAGACAGUUGGGCUGUGGGAGGGUGCUGUCUGCACCACAUGGUGCCAGAUUUGGACGUGGCCAAGGGCCUAUAGGGUUGGAUGAUGUCAACUGCAAUGGCCACGAAUCUGCGCUCACACAGUGUGGCCACGGAGGACUGUGGACCCACGACUGUGGUCACCAGGAGGACGUUGGAGUUGUCUGUGAAGCUGCCCCUCCAGUGAGACUGGUCAACGGUCUCUCCAACAACCCCUGUUCAGGCAGGGUGGAGGUCUUCCUCCAGGGCCAGUGGGCCACAGUUUGUGAUGAUGACUGGGACCUGGUCGAUGCCCAGGUGGUGUGUAGACAGUUGGGCUGUGGGAGGGUGCUGUCUGCACCACAUGGUGCCAGAUUUGGACGUGGCCAAGGGCCUAUAGGGUUGGAUGAUGUCAACUGCAAUGGCCACGAAUCUGAGCUCACACAGUGUGGCCACAGAGGACUGUGGACCCACGACUGUGGUCACCAGGAGGACGUUGGAGUUGUCUGUUUAGCUGGCCCUCUAGUGAGGCUGGUCCACGGUCUCUCCAACAACCCCUGGCCAGGCAGGGUGGAGAUGUUCCCAUCUGACAGAGGAUUAUACAUUGACAAUGUAUCAUCUCUCGGGAAGCAUGUCCCCGAAAACACAGAUGAAAAAGGUAUUCCUGGCAACAUAAACAAUCAGAAAUUAAUUAACCUCUGGCGUUCGACCUUCGUCAUUCCCAUCCCAUUCCCAAUCAUCAUUCUGGUCAUUCUUUAUUGCUGGAGGAAAAAGAAGCAUCAUACAGAAAACCUUGAUUCUGAACUGAGUCCAAACUGUGACCAAGCUGCCACCAUCUAUAUGAAUGAGAGUCUGUUAGGACCCCCUCCUCUCCCUUUGGAGCCCACUGACAUAGAACUCAACCCCAUAAGCACCUAGGAGGCUCUAUGGGAGACAUUGACUGUAGGUUUAAACUUCUGCUGCCCCUGAGAUGAACCCCGGUUACUGGGCUGACUCCAAGUGGACCCCUUAAAGCUGUGAACCCCUCUAUUCCUGGCUCACCUCAUCCUGACAGGAAGAGAGGGGGAGGGCUUUAUGACAGCCACAAUGAACAAAGGAGCCCCCUUCAUUCUUCCUCUCCCUUUACUUAGAAUGACUUGUAUGUUAAUGUUAACUCGUUAAUGUUACAAUCAAAGACCGCCUGCAUUAUGAAUGUAUUCCAAAAUCACAUAUGUUGGUUUUUCAUUUGAAUGCAUGCUUAUUGUCUUGGUAGAAGGGAUUGUCAUUGUUCUCGUGCAUGUCACAUCUUUAUGUUAACCCAUAUAUGUGGUAUAGAGGUUUGAUUCCUGUGAUUAUACUUGGCUACUUUAUGCAUCGGGUGUUGUGAUUGGCCAGUGCAUGUGAGAGGCAUCCAACAUUUUUUGAAAAUAACAUGAAGCCUGAGUCCUUCGCAAACCAACUAAUGUUUUGCGCUUGUGCCUUUAUCUUUCAAACUUCAGCUUACUCAACCAAUAUUAUUUCCGUCUUUUCUGCCAUUCCGUCUUUUCAGGCCUCUUUUUUUUUUUACUUGUGAAUUGGGAUUCAACUGGCCUAAAAGAUUCCCUUUGGCCAAGUCCGACCUAGGUGAAUCUCACUGUAUGGCGACAACCUUAUUGAAAUCAAUCCGACAAGAAGUGAUGGAUCGAAAGAGCGCUUGUUGUAGUCCAUCUUCGGAAAAUUGUAGUUUCACGCUAGCGACGCUAGAGGUCAGCAAUACUCACUGCCGCACAAUUCAUUUUAAACAGGGCUGGCUUUUCCUCUGUUUGAAAGGAAGCAGCUUUUCAUCUCUCCUUCACCCGAUGACUUCCACAAAGGUUAAGGAAAGGUGGCAUAAAGAUUAGGAGAUUUGACUUUCUGGAUUGGGCCCUGGUAGCAGUACUGUUAUGCACAGGGGCGUAGCACAGGAUCUUAGUGCCCCAUGAAAGGUUAUCUGUAUGGGCCCCUAUGGUACGCAGGCCACAUUUUGUCCACCAUUCAUUCUAAAUCUAAUAAAAUUAUUUCACGUAAUGUAGACAAUAUAUUGGGGACAUAUCUGCCCAAAGCUGGCACUGCUGCUGUAUUUUUUAUUAUUUACUUAUUUUCAAGAACAUUAUCUCUUUUCAUUGUUCAAAUAAUUUCUGAAUUGUUUUAAUUUUAAAAUGUAAUAGCCAAAUGCGAUGCUUCAUGACCUAUUGAUGAAUGAGAUAUCACUUACAUUUCAGAGCCCUUUCUAGAGCCCUCCCUCUCAGGCUUAACUCUCCUCACCUUUAAACCUUUUGCCUCAAUGCUGGUUAUAAAAGUGUAAAAUAACAUCCAUAUUUGUUUCAUGUGUUGUAGAUAUGAAAGAGGAUUUCUGAAUA